CCGAUUCUACUCUCGCAUAGGAUUUAACGCUUAUGUCCGUCAUCCUAGUGACUGGCUCUUAUGAUCACGAAAUACGGUUCUGGGAAGCCUGGAGUGGGAUCUGCUCCAGAACAAUCGCUCGUUCCGGAGAGUCUGGACAAGUGAAUCGCCUGGCGAUCUCUCCCGACAAGCGGCUACUUGCUGCCGCGAUCCAUAAGAAGAUCAACAUCUACGAAAUCGCCAGCGCCUCUUCUACACCGCUCACUACGUUCGAGGGACAUACCGGCAACGUCACCUCGGUAUCGUUCCAUGCCGAAGGGAAGUGGCUGGUGACCGGAAGCGAAGACGGUACCAUAAAGAUCUGGGACCUCAGAAGCAACCACCUCCACCGACAUUAUGACAACGGUGCACCAGUGAACGAUGUGUGCGUCCAUCCGAAUCAGGGCGAACUGAUAUCCUGCGAUCAGGCGGGAAGUAUCAAGCAAUGGGAUCUUUCGGACAAUAUCUGUACCCAUGAACUCACGCCGGCCGGGGACAUACCUAUUAGAUCAGUGACCGUCGCGACAGACGGUUCGUGUUUGGUAGCCGGCAAUAACAAGGGGAAGUGCUAUGUUUGGAGAAUCAACGAUGAAAGUUCGGGCCUGCCGCGCUUCCAGGCUGUUACCAAAUUCCAAGCUCACAACAAAUACCUGACUCGCUGUUUGCUCAGCCCCGACAUGAAGUAUCUCGCUACUUGUUCGGCGGACACGACGGUCAAGAUAUGGUCCAUAUCAGCAUCAUUGGACUUUCGAUUGGAAAAGGUCCUCCAAGGUCAUCAGCGCUGGGUCUGGGACUGUGCCUUCAGCGCUGACUCGGCUUAUCUCGUCACGGCCUCAUCCGACCAUACGGCGCGUCUGUGGGAAAUGGCGUCGGGAGAGACAGUGCGACAGUACAACGGACACCAUAAAGCUGCCGUGUGCUGCGCUCUUCAUGACGGAGCCGCCUAACAUAGUCUGUUCAGGUUCUCUUGUCUUUAUCGUAUCAUAUCGUCGGAGGCUGUUCACCUGUUGCUCCGACGCGCCCCCGAAGAACGUAUGUCGCCGCGGAUGGGAUGCAGUCCAUGAUUUGCGUAUUCGCC